CAAGCUCCUCACAUAUCAUCAUCCAGGGUACAGUCAUAUGCUGAUGAGGAGAUCCCAUGCAGGUGAAGGUGCUGCCCACCCAUGAUGCCAGCAAGGUGCGUGCAAGUGGAUCCGGCCUUAAAACCACUGGAGUGCCCAGCUCUCUGCCAGUGAAGUUCAACAUUGAUGGCAAAGAUGCAGGACCCAGACGGGAAGCCCAAGAAGCAAAUAUCUGUGACAACCAUGAUGGGACCUACCUGGUGUCUUAUGUGCCAGACAUGACUGACAGCUGCUCAGUCCAUCCAGACUCCUCUCCAUAUGCAGCAGUGAUGCCGGCUCUCUCCAAGUGAUUCCUUCAUCAUCAACAUCUGCAUCCACGAUCCACCAGCUCAACAGCAACAUCUGUCAGCUGUGCAUCCAACUGGAGGCCUUCGCCUGCUGUGCUGAGGCGCUGGGCCGCGAUUUCCGUCCCUUGUU